CUCUCUUGUUAUUGUUGCUAGGUUCAUGGUGUCAGUAACAACACUCAUGUGAUCGUUUACGACAGGAAUGUCAAGUUUGGUCUCUUCUCAGCAUGCCGUCUUUGGUGGAUGUUCCGAGUGUUUGGUCAUGACAAUGUCUCCGUUCUUGACGGUGGGUUGGAGAAGUGGUGCAGUGAAGACGGUGCAACUGCUGACGGUGAAAUGCCGACUGUAGAGGCUGGUACUUUUGUUCCAACCUACCGGGAGAAUUUGGUCAGGGGGUUCGCUGACGUUGCCGAGGGACUUGCUGCUAAAGCCUUUCAGGUUUGCGACGCACGGAAUGCACCUCGUUACAAUGGUGAAGCUCCAGAACCUAAUCCAAAGCUUCCCAGUGGUCACAUGAAGGGCGCUACCAAUGUACCUUUCUUCAAUAUGUUGGAUCCGGAGACGAAAACUCUCAAAUCAGCGGAUGCCAUAAAAGAGGUGUACGCAUCGUUUGGCAUUGACUUGAACAAGCCCACCAUCAUGACCUGUGGAAGUGGCGUGACUGCGACUGUCUUGGCAUUCACAGCCUUCAUGGCCGGUCAACAGAGCAUUCCAGUAUUUGAUGGGUCAUGGACUGAAUUUGUGCAACGCGCCACCCCAGAGCAAGUUGAAAGCCUUCAAUUUCCUCUUGGUGAGGCCUAGUCCUUCCCACAAUCCACCUGGUGAGACUUGCAUCGAUUGGUGACCUAUCUCAUCCACUGACGUAGAUAUAGUUUACUUCGCCCUCCUUUUCUCUGCAUCUGCGUGGUUUGUGAUUUGAUAAUAGAAAUGUCUUCCUUUUCAUACCAUAGUUUAGGCUGGCAAAGCAUUGUUGUGUUGUGAACAAGGUUAUUCAAGCAAUUUUAAAAAUAAAGAAUAGCUGCAUUUA